UGCUUGUUACACUUCGCGAGUGCCCUAACCGACCUACACUCUUCCAAAGCCUUCGUAAUGAGCCUUUGUUCCGUGGUGCCACCUUUAGAGAAAAGAUCAGCUCUUCCCCAUUUCUCCUGAACUCUUGAAAGUCGCUCUUUCAUCGCUUCGUCCUACCUUUAUCUUUAGCCUCAAUGACUUCCUUCUGAAACUCGAAAGGAUGAAGUACUUAGUAUUUUUCUUGAGAACUGACACUGUUAGCUUGAUCAUUUGGACCGCACAACAGAACCUCAAUGACUUUGAAAGGUAUUCUUGUUAGUCUUGCAAGAUAUUCUCAUUGAUGAAUAAAGCCUAAAGCGCCAACCAACUGAGAUUUGUUUACAAGACGACAUCAGUUCUUGAAGCUGACAAUGACAGUUGUUUACACAUCACACAGAAUAGCUGAGUGGUAUUAACUGUUGGUUGGGUAGUGAGUCGAGAACUGAAGUGCCAACCUGAAUAAAGAGCAUUUGGUGAGAUAUAGUUUACACUCAAACAGAAAUGUUUACAUGUUGCCCAUGAGGUGAACUCAGAUUGAGUCUUGAAUGAGUUGUUUGUGCCAUAGAUCAGUUCAGUUACACAGACUUAAACAAAACCACCUUUAAGAGGAAGUUCCCAUGACUUUGACACUUUAAAAAGUUUACAUUGUUCAAAUAUAUGCGUUUUGUUUACAGAACUAAAUUGCUUGCAACAAAAGUCAAAUACUUUAUUCAUUGUCAUAUUUCUAAAGCUGUUGUUUUUUUUUAAAUAGAAUUUUCUCAUUGAGAAGAUUCCAAAUAUUUGAUUUUGUGCCAAAUCCAACUCUCACCCAUUAAGCAUAAAACUUGUACAUAGAUUUACCUCAUUCUUGUUAAUAAUUUCCUCAGAAAUAUGUUUACACCCUAACUGCGAGUCUCAUGCUUUUUUCUUCAAUCUGAACUCCUGCACUUGGAUGUGUAUUUUACAUAUGAAAUAAUUUGCAUACUAGUGUAUGCACACGUGGAAGAGAUUAACUUGUCUACAUGUCUUAUAUAUUAUCACAUUGACUUGCAAAUUUUGAUAGACGUCAGCUUUUUGUAGGCCUCGGUAGUCUUUUGUACAAAGGCUUCACUUUUUUUCCAUCUUUGAUAAGAAAAAGUCCCCCGUAUCAAGAUGCCACGCGCUGCCAUCUUGCUUUUCUUUUUGUUCUGCCCUGUGGUCUCCACAGUGACAAUUACCUCGGAACGCUCCUCUGUGAAUGGGGGGCCGGUGUUGCUUCUGUUGCGAGGACGUGGCCGCAAGGUCCCUCUGCCUGACAUGCGGGACAAGGAGGCGGCUGCCAUGGCGGCAGAGCCGGAGGCAGCCGAGAUCCCUCCAAGACCCCUGCCGCAGAUCAUGCUACCCCGCAAUGUAACAGCCGAUGCCCUGAAGCCCCCGCUGGGAGCCGCACAGGUGGCGCCUCCGCCUCGGCGACUGGUGGACGUGGACGUGUGUCAGGGCUACUAUGACGUGAUGGGACAGUUCGACAACACUUUCAACUGCACCAGGGGGACCUACAUAUACUGCUGUGGCACCUGCCAUUAUCGCUUCUGCUGUGAGCACCAGCGCAGCCGUCUAGACCAAGACUCCUGCAAUAAUUACCGCUCACCCGACUGGGCCGUCACGACGGGACCCGUCACUCAACCCCCGGUCCGACACGACCCAGAUUUCGACCCGCUGCAGCAACAGAGCAACAGCACGGCUUACGUCAUUGGGGGAGUCAUCUCUUUUACCAUGGCUGUGGCCAUUGGGAUUAAAGUGGCCUUCCAUAAACUGUCUCGACGACCGAGGAAUAGAGACAUCAACAUGCCUAGAGCGCUGGUGGACAUUCUGCGUCACCAGUCUAGUCCGGUCCAGCAAGGAGAGAGGAACAACAGCACGGUCCUAACAACCGCCACCUCCAGCGAGGGCACGCUGGGGCGGCCAUUGAAAAACUUCUACCCUCCUGCCCUCCAGAGCAAAGAUAACCGGACUGGGAAACACAGUUUUGGCCAGACUGGGUCCAGUCCUAAACACACAUCUACAAUGGAGCGAGUUCAGCGCAUGAACAACACCCAGUUGGCCUCCACAGGAACACUGAUGUCCAGCAAGCACAAUAAUUCUGGCUUUCACCCCUCCUUCUCUCACUCCUUCCACAACCUUGCCCAGCUACCUCCAUCAUACGAUACAGCCAUGAAACCAGAGCUUAACCGCUACAGCUCCCUCAAGAGACUAGAAAAAAACCUGGAUGACUAUUCCGGAUAUUACACCUCCAAGCGAAGGCCAAACAACGCCCAGCCCAGCUUCCACUCCUCCCAGCACCACCUGCCCUGGGGCGGUGACUUCACACUGGGUGCCCGGGGAACCCUACCGCUAAACAUGUCCCGCACGCGCAUCCAUGUGCCCAGUUCCACUUCCACCCCCAACCCCUACCCUUUACCCCAGACACAGUACAACCCCACCUUUGACACAAUGAGUAAACCGCCUCGCCGGGUGAUGUCCCAAGACCAGCUUCUGGCACUGGGGGAGGGGAACACUCUCUCACGCCUCUCCAAGAACCAGCAGCAUCAGUAUUACAAACCCAUGACCACCAGCAAGAGCUCCAAUACCCAGACUUUGCGCAAGUCUCACGAACGCCUCCUGGUGUCGCCAGACCGCCUGGAAGAGCGAAUGAUGGCCGAUUAUAGCGGGAUGGUGUCCACCGUGUCCCGUCUCUCCUACCACCAGAAAGCGCAAUCCCAGCAGAACGUGUGCAUGACGCCCUCACUCGACCGCCAUCACAUGAUCAAAAUGAAUUCGCACCCUACCUCCGGCCGCGAGCAAGACCACGCGGUCGCUGGGAUGUCGUCGGGUCACGGGGCUGGGACUUUGGGGUGGGACGUCCACAGCUCCGGAGGAGGGCCCGGAGCGAUGGCGCACAGCGCUCGCCGGAUGGCCUUCGCCAACAAACGGCAGAACACCGUCGAACAGCUGCACUUCCUCCCCGGAGGAGGUGGGGGAGGGGGCGGGGGUGGAGGUCAGGCGCUGAGGACGGGGAGCAAGAACGAAGUAACCGUGUGAGCGCAAAAAGAGAGACGGAAGAUGGUAAGGAGAUGGAUUAAUGAAGUGUGAUUGCGCAAGCCGAAGGAAGGGAAGGAAAAAAAGGCAGAAGACCGAAAUGAGGAAUGAAAAAGGAAGGAGAUAAGAAGGUGGUCAGGAAUGAGACCCAUUUGAAGAGAAUACACAGUGUAUCAGAAAUAUGAGACUAUGCCCUAAGUGAUUCUGUAGAUCCCUAAAUUGUCAUAUCUCAACAAACAGAAAAGUGAAGAGGGACUCAGGUUUCCUCUGACGUGUGUGUAGCAUAUAGUGUCAUGACGGCACCAUUCAGACAUGAUCCGAGGAGACAUAAAAGUCAAAAGGUUCAUUAUUAGAAUAGGCCAUUUUGUUCUCUAGUUAGUGCAUUCCAACUAAUGUAAAAGCCAAUUGGUUUAGGGGUUACUUUUUUUCUGAAUCCAAUGACAGCAGUUGACCUUGCCUCAGAGUUUGCCAAAGUGUCAUUCUCAAAGAGGUGUAGGUGUGUGUCACCGUCAUCAGUAAAAUAAGAGAACAAUGAGAUGUACUGGAUGAAACGGACAAAUGUCCAAUAGUGUCAUGAAUUACCUCAUGGAAACUAUGAUUUGACCGUUCUCGGAUCAGAUUUGACUUGACUUGGGAAUGGAUUGUGACUUGCCAUCAAGCGCAGAAAAUGCUGGUAAGUAAAUCGUCGGAGAGAAGAACUUGGAACUUGAAAAACGUCACUCGUUUCGUGACCUGACUCUUUAGUCUGCACUGUUAAUAUGAGUCCAAAUGCCAUCAGCCAUAUUAGAGCUUAUUCAUAUGGAAUACAAUGGAGGAAAACAUUUUCAUUGGGAAACGGGUGUUAUAUUGUUGAUCAGAGAUUUUUAGCCUAUUAUACUCAAGACUGUGAAUCAAAGUUGACAUGAAUACUUUUUUGCAUUGUGGAUAACAUUUUGGCUGUUUUAUAAUAUAAUCAAAAGGCUGUCAGAUUGAUGGGUAAAUCAGGUCAUACUAUCUGAACUGGACAGACAUUUGGUAACCGAUGUCAGCCAUUCAAAACUGAUAGAAGUCAUGCUUCUUUCUUGCACGUUUGACCAGUCAGAGAAUAGCUUCGUAUGCCGGCAUCAGACGUUCCGGAGUCGUUACGGUUGUUCUGUUAAGAUUUAAUCAUGGGCAUGCAGUAUGUCAAACAAGACCGCAUAGUCUUCACACUUAAUUUGCAACUCAAGCUGUUGUAUUGAGGGGGACAGGGGAAAGGGUUUAGUUAUACAAUGGACAAUUUAAUCCAAGGGCUAUUCUGAAACUUCUUCAUGUGUGUCUGUGCUUCCGUGCUCUUACAGCUUUUUAUCUUUCCAGUGGCACGGCUGUGCGGAACAUUGAGGCUACAUGCCAAUGAGUGUACAAAACAGAAAAAUAGAACAAAAUCUGCAAAGCUAAUUCAACACUCUGUGUCACACUAAGAUGCAUUAUUAUCUAACCGAUGAGUUAGGAUUUAGGAGUAAAAGCUGUCUUGUUUAUCUAUAUUAUAUUCAAGUAAAAUGUCUUUUUGUUAGCGAUUUCUGUGUGUUUUUCAGCUGUCUCCACAUCAAAUGGACACUGUUGUGGUGGAAUGUCUGAGAACGACCUGGCUGAGCAAGAUUAUUGGGCCAUAAUAUAGUAUUUUAGACCACUCUGCAAUGUUUAAGCUUUUAUUAACUUGUUAAUAAAACUGAAGUUAAAUAUGUUGAAAAGGAAAAAAAAAAAUUGAAUUGAAUCCCGAAUGUUCAAAUAUGUACACAUGCCAAUUUACGUGCAUAUAUAUAUAUAAAUAUAUAUAAUCAUCGAUAUUAUUCAUAUUAUUGAUUAUUAUCAUUGUUUUGUUUGAUUUUUUUUUCUGUGACUUUAGAAAUUGUUUUUAUUCCUGUUUUCUGUUUAUAUUUGAGUUUAUUGUGGAUUCUAACCUUUGUAACUCAACAAAAAAGCAGAUGCAAUCAUAGUGAAAAGACAAAACGCAUGAAGAUGUCAAAGCCAGUGUUGAUGAUGUCAUAUUGCUGACUUCUGAUGUCAAGGUGUGUAUGUGUCCAGUUUGUGCGUCUGUAUUUGUGUGCUUUUGUGUAUUUCAGUGUCUAUUUUGGAAUGCUUUAUCUCGCAUUUUAUCUGACUUUUGCUUUGUGUGAAAUCAGAGAAUGUGCAUUUCAGAAAACCCAAAAUAUAAUUUUAUUUUUUAAGUGAGUGUCUCUUUGAAUGCAAAAAAUAAACAAAUCAUUAAAAAAAAAUUGCUGCAUUCACCAAAGUUAUGAAAAAUAGAAUAAACAACCACAAGUUUUUUUCCCAGUAUUAUUUCUUUUCUUUUCUUCUUCUUUUAGAUAUUUUUCUUGCCAUGGAAUACAUAAACCUUGUUGUAAAUUUUAUGGGGGGAAAUGCCACAAUGCCAUGCAUAAAAUAUCUACAGCAAAAACUUUCAUUUUUAUUUUUUAAAUAAAAUUCUCGCCAUUAAGAAAGAAGUUGUUUUCUGGA